CGGGCGCGAGCCGGGCUCUCGCUGCACCACAUUCAUCGUCUGCCAAGAGGAGCCGCCGGGCGCUCGCAGGCUCGGCGCGCGCUGCCCGCGGAAGAGCCGGCCGCCGCGCCCCCCGCCGCCUGGAGCCAUGGCCUCGCUCGGCCAGCCCUCCGCCUUCGGCCGGGCCACCCACGUCGUGGUGCGGGCGCUGCCCGAGUCGCUCGGCCAGCACGCGCUGAGGCGCACCAAGGGCGAGGAGGUGGAUUUCGCCCGCGCCGAGCGGCAGCACGAGCUCUACGUGGGCGUGCUGGGCAGUAAGCUGGGGCUGCAGGUGGUGCAGCUGCCGGCCGACGAGAGCCUCCCGGACUGCGUGUUCGUGGAGGACGUGGCCGUGGUGUGCGAGGAGACGGCCCUCCUUACCCGCCCCGGGGCGCCGAGCCGGAGGAAGGAGGCUUUGGGAAGUUUAUUCCAUCAUUCAGUGAUUUCACAUCCUUUUAUACACAUUUAUGAAAAAAGGCUUCCUUUCUGAAGACAGAGUUUCAGCUCAGCAACUGCUUAUCCCUCUAUCCCUCAUCCAUGAGGCCAGCCCAGAAACCUCCCCCA